AUGCCAAGAUUAUCAUCAAAAAUUUUGGGCUAUGAAUAUGAUCUUAAGGUUCUUCGGUUGGAAACAAACGCAGGAGGACUAUUAUAUACAGCUUUAAUCCUACUGGGGUUAUUGUCACGUAAUGAAUCAUUUGUAGAAUUAUUGUCAUGGAAUUAUUUUUGUUUUUGUGGUAAAAUUUCAUUUAGUAUCUAUCUUUUACAUCCAAUAGCUUUCAAUCUGGUAACUAAUUAUUUUAAUGAGUAUCUUACAUUUAUUGGUAAUGUUGAAACACUCAAAGAUGUAGACCAAUCGGAUCAAAUUGAAAAAAAUAAUGAUAUGUUUGACUCGGUGAUGUUAAGUUAUUUGGUUACAAUAAUUUUAUCAUGGUUUUAUCACAAACUCGUUGAGUCACCAUUCAUGAAUUUGGCAAAUUCUAUUGCAAGAAAAUGGUUAAAAUAG